UUUUUUUUUUUUCACGUAUCGUAAAAUCUUCACUGGAUCUCUCUUACACUCUCUGUCUUUCUCUCUCUUUGUAUAAAACCCUAGCAGAUCGAAAUUCCCUAAUCUCAAUCCUUUCUACUCCAUAUGAUUAGGGUUUUCAAUCUUGAGAUGAAUGAAGAAUUCAGUGACUGGUUUUAAUUAAGGUUAGGUUUUUUCUGGACCGGGAAACUGUUGUUAUUUGCAGGUAUUUUUAACUAAAGAAUUUGUGGGGAUUUCUUUGGCGAGGAGCUGGUUUGAUGUGGGUUGUUUUUGGGAUUUUUGAUUGAGACUUGGAGAGAAAAUAAUGUCUUCCACAGCAAUCUUACCGCUUCCAGCACCUCCUGUUAAUGGAGAUGGGUCUCCUCCUCCACCCUCGCAAGUGGUAGAACAGCAGCCGAGGGAGGAUAGACCGGCAAGUGAGGAGCAGAGCAGAGCACCAGUUGCGACCCAUACGAGAACUAUUGGAAUUAUUCAUCCUCCACCUGAUAUUAGGAGUAUUGUUGAUAAGACCUCGCAAUUUGUGGCAAAAAAUGGACCUGAGUUUGAGAAGAGGAUUAUUGCAAACAAUGCUAAUAAUGCCAAGUUCAAUUUUUUGAAUUCGUCGGAUCCGUACCAUGCUUAUUACCAGCAUCGUUUGGCAGAAUUUCGUGCUCAGAAUCAAGCUCCUGGACAGCAGCCUACUUCACAGCCUGCGGAUUCAGCUGCUCCUGAUUCAGCUCCGAAACCUGAUUCAGCCGCUGAUGAAAAUGAAGCUGCUACGAAACCGGAUCCUUCAGCCCAGUUUAGAUUACCUCCUCCUAAGGUUCUUGAACCCCCAGAAGCUGAGCAGUAUACUGUUCGGCUUCCAGAAGGGAUUACUGGAGAGGAACUUGAUAUUAUUAAGCUCACAGCUCAGUUUGUAGCUCGAAAUGGGCAAGCAUUCUUGACUGGAUUGACGAAUAGGGAGAUGAACAAUCCUCAGUUCCACUUUUUGAAGCCAACCCACAGCAUGUUCACCUUUUUUACUGGACUUGCUGAUGCAUAUUCUAAAGUUUUGAUGCCUCCAAAGGGUUUGACCGAGAAGUUGACAAAGAGUGUUUCUGACAUGACCACUGUGCUUGAAAGGGGCUUGCAUCGCCUUGAAUGGGAACGCUCACAGGAGCAGGCAAGACAGAAAGCUGAGGAUGAGAUUGAACAGGAGCGGAUGCAAAUGGCAAUGAUUGAUUGGCAUGAUUUUGUUGUGGUUGAGACUAUAGACUUUGCAGAUGAUGAAGACGAGGACUUGCCCCCUCCAAUGACACUUGAGGAAGUUAUAAGGAGGAGCAAGAUAUCUGCUAUGGAUGAAGAUGAAAUCAUUGAGCCUGGAAAGGAGGUGGAAAUGGAAAUGGAUGAAGAAGAGAUGCAGCUUGUUGAGGAAGGCAUGAGGGUUGCAAGUAUUGAAGAGAAUGAUGGUGAGAAGGGCACAAGAACAAAUGAGGAACAAGAACCACCUAUGAGGAUUGUGAAGAACUGGAAGAGACCCGAGGAGAGGAUCCCUGCUGAAAGAGACCCAACAAAGUUUGUUGUUUCUCCUAUCACUGGUGAGCUAAUUCCAAUUAGUGAGAUGUCCGAGCACAUGAGAAUUUCCCUCAUUGAUCCCAAGUACAAGGAGCAAAAGGAAAGGAUGUUUGCCAAGAUUCGGGAAACUACUCUUGCACAGGAUGAUGAGAUCUCUCGUAACAUAGUGGGACUGGCACGCUUGAGGCCUGAUAUCUUUGGCACCACAGAGGAAGAAGUUUCUAAUGCAGUGAAGGCUGAAAUUGAGAAGAAGAAAGAUGAGCAGCCAAAGCAGGUCAUAUGGGAUGGUCACACUGGUAGUAUUGGGCGCACUGCAAACCAAGCUAUGUCUCAGAAUGCUAAUGGCGAGGAUCAAAAUGAAGCUGUUAACAAUGAUGUAAGGAACCUUCCUGGUCCAGCAGCUCCUCCUCCCCGACCUGGUAUGAUGACUGUCCGUCCCCUCCCUCCACCACCAGGACUGCAGUUGAAUCUUCCUCGUGCACCUCCAAAUACAGUUCAAUAUUCUGGUCCCACUGCUGGGGCAUAUCUUGUACAUCCGCAAAGGCCAGUCAGUAUUCCAAUUAUGCAGCCAAAUUACCCCCCUCCAAUGCAAAUGGCACCCGGACAGCAACACAUUAUGGUAAAUCGACCCCCCCCUAUGCCUCCAUUAAUGUCUGGCAAUCCAAGUUUACCUGUGCCGCCUCCACCUGGAUCGGAAUAUAAUUCCAUGGCAGUUCCUCGAUCUUUUGCCCCUCAUCCUGUCUCCCAACCUGGAUUGCAUAUGAUGCCACCACCACCUCCGUUGCCUCAAGGAAUGCCUCCACCACCCCCACCUGAGGAUGCUCCUCCUCCACUUCCAGAUGAGCCAGAGCCGAAGAGGCAGAGGCUUGAUGACUCUGCGCUUGUUCCUGAAGAUCAGUUUCUGGCUCAACAUCCGGGACUUGUGCGCGUCACUGUUGCUGUUCCCAAUAUUGAUGAAGGAAAUCUCAAAGGCCAAGUUCUGGAGAUUACAAUGCAGUCCUUGUCUGAAACUGUUGGCAGCCUAAAGGAGAAAAUUGCUGGAGAGAUCCAACUUCCUGCAAACAAACAGAAAUUGAGUGGAAAAGCUGGUUUUCUCAAGGAUAAUAUGUCACUGGCAUAUUACAAUGUUGGACCAGGAGAAUUGCUGGCUCUCUCUUUGAGAGAGCGUGGUGGUAGAAAGAGAUGAAGAGGCUUCUCGAUGUGGCCCCAUUUACGGUUUUUGAUAGAACUUUCUCAUAUCAGAGAUUUUCACAUAUUGCUGUGGGACUUUGUUAUUUUCCUUCCUUUGAUGCUAUGCUGGAAAUUAUAAUGGCUGUGUUGUUAGCAUGAUUAUAUUUUUCGUUGCUGCUAUGUAGAAUUGUCAUAUUUUAACUGAUAGCAAGUGGUAUCUAAUACAGAUUGGCGUCAUGGCAAGUGUUUCUUUAA